CCUGCAAAGAAAAAACUUGAAGGCAAAGCUAAAGCCGGGAGUAUACCGGGGGAUACAGGAUCUGUGGCAACCGCGACUAUGGUUCGGCGCCAAAUGCCGCCGCGCGCCUGCAAGAGCAAGAGCCAGAGCGCCGCCAGGCCCAGUCUUAGUCCCAGCCGCCUGGCCAAGAAGCCCAGCCUGACGCCGACCACCGGCUCUCAGGCGCCAUCGCAGACCAUCGCAAAGUCGAGGCCCACCGGUCUCGAGACGAUUUUUGAACGGCCCGGCAAUGAGGACGACGGACCCACCAGCAGCCAUGCCGUGGCAUUCGGCGAGUGCCAGCGCCGCGUCCUCGCCCUGGGUACGGGCGAAAAAAAAAGAACCCUGUCGCAGAAGAGCUGCCUGAAGGUGCGCAACACCUUGGGCGAACGCAGCACCCGGCACAUGAUGACACUGCGGGCGUCCCGCACUACUUUGGACAGCGUAAUGCUCGGGGGCUCGGACGAUGAAGGCGAGUCGGAGUCGCUCCCGCAGUCGCUCCCGUAGCUGCUCCCGAAGUCGUUCCCGCUGGAGGAAAUGCCGGUACAAAUCAGCCGGCACCAUUCGUGCUGCGCACCAGCAGGAGGCUCAAGAGUCUGCCUCCGUUUUAGAUUGUUGCACCUUCCACCCUCCAAAUGAAAGAAAAAGAAUAAAGAAAAGAAAAGCAAAGAAAAGAAAAACCCUCUACAGAAUGUCUCUUUUGCUCUCAUUGUAAAUUGAAGCGCCUCUUUCGGCGGAACCUACCCCAAGAGCGGAAAGCGGAGAUCAAUUAGAAUUGUGAACCCCAAAGCGAGCGAUUGAUACGAUACACUCACGAGUACUCAUGCCCAAGCCCGAUUACUCU